UAAAGCGAAUGAGUUCCAUGAAACCGCUCAGUACGAGUAUAGUUCUGUUUCAAUUUGGAUUUCGGCAACUCCAAACCAGGCAAAGGCGCGUCAGUACGAGGCUCAGUCAUGUGCAGUGUGCGGACUAAUUAAGACAAGAUCGAGCUGAGGUCAAAUCAGGAUAAGACACGUGUUUCCCAUCACCUGCCAACGCUACUACCGCCACCGCGAGCUUGACACCAAGGCUGACAUAGGAGCAUACCCAGAGGGCAGCAGGCCAAGAGAAGAUAACCAGCUGGAGGAAACUGUAAGAUGGGCAAGAAAAACUCGAAAUUGAAGCAGGACACCAUCGAUCGCUUGACAACGGACACAUACUUCACCGAAAAGGAAAUUCGUCAAUGGCACAAAGGUUUUUUGAAAGACUGUCCGAACGGUUUGCUGACCGAACAAGGCUUCAUCAAAAUCUAUAAGCAGUUUUUCCCCGAUGGUGACCCCAGUAAAUUUGCUUCUUUGGUAUUUCGUGUAUUCGAUGAGAAUAACGAUGGGGCCAUCGAGUUUGAGGAGUUCAUACGGGCCUUGUCCAUAACAUCACGCGGAAAUUUAGAUGAGAAGCUGCAUUGGGCCUUCCGUCUCUAUGAUGUUGACAACGAUGGUUACAUAACGCGCGAGGAGAUGUACAAUAUUGUGGAUGCCAUCUACCAGAUGGUCGGCCAGCAGCCGCAGACGGAGGACGAGAAUACGCCACAGAAGCGGGUGGACAAGAUCUUCGAUCAGAUGGACAAGAACCAUGACGACCGCCUUACUCUCGAAGAGUUCCGAGAGGGAAGUAAAGCUGAUCCACGUAUAGUCCAGGCGUUAAGUUUAGGUGGUGAUUAACCGCAAGAAAUUUAGUUGCCUUGAGAUUUUUUGGGGUGGUCCAGAGUAGGAGUGGAAGCUGAGGCGGAAUCGCAGUGGGGAGCAGUGGAAGGAGCUGAUUCCAAGGAUCAAUGAUUUGAGGCAACGAACCCCACGCAAUCCCUCAGAUCCACAGCAAAAACUACAGCAAUGUGUUUGGACCUUGAUUGGAGUCGAUUGAGAAUACUCACACACCCUCAUAUUUUUUACCAAUUUUCCUUCUCCCCUCGCACACACGCACACACAUAAACCCGCCCACCCACACAGUCACUCAAGAAAGAUCCAGAAGAAAUAUUAAAAAAUCUCGACUUUCAACUUAUAGAAUAUGAAUAUUAAUUAACAUGAGAAAGGAUAUAUGUAUAUGUAUAGUAUGGAUAAAUAUUGCAGUCAUCAAAAACCAGAAACUGUUAAGAAAAAACAAAAUUUUAAAAUUUACCAAGGAAAAAACUAGAAACAAAAGAACACCAAUUUAUGUCAAAUGAAACGCUAUUUAAAAAAAUAAUUCAUAUUAAAUACAUAUACAAACGUAAAAAUAAAUAGGGGUUGAGAGCGAGUUCACCCUUCUAUAGAUAAAUAUUUGUGUAUAAAAAUAUGCUCUUAAUCUUAUCCAAGUCAUUUUUAUUGAAAUGCUUGCCAAAAAAAUUCGAAUAACAAAGAAAAAUUCUUCAAAUUGAUUUAGUAAUAUAUCGCAUAAGUAUCGAAAA